AUGGCGGCGACGGCGGCGGCGGCGGCGCUGGCGAAGCUCGCGACGGCCUGCCUCCUCCUCGCGGCCCAGGUGGCCUGUGAGUAUGGCAUGGUUCACGUGGUCUCCGAGAUGGGGGGCCCCAAAGGCAAGGAUUACUGCAUCCUCUACAACCCACAGUGGGCCCACCUACCGCACGACCUCAGCAAGGCGUCUCUCUUGCAGCUGAGGGACUGGACGACUUCCAUGCUCUGCUCUGCAUCCGACCUCCCUGCCAAAGGCUUCAGCAACCAGAUUCCACUGGUGGCUCGGGGGAACUGCACCUUCUACGACAAAGUGAGGCUGGCCCAGGGCAGCGGGGCACACGGGCUGCUCAUCGUCAGCAAGGAGACCCUGGUUCCCCCAGGAGGCAACAAGACACAGUAUGAGGAGAUCGGCAUUCCCGUGGCCCUGCUCAGCUACAAAGACAUGCUGGACAUUUUUAAGAAUUUUGGCCGAUCGGUGAGGGCAGCGUUGUAUGCCCCACACGAGCCCAUGCUGGACUACAACAUGGUCAUCAUCUUCAUCAUGGCCGUCGGCACCGUUGCCCUUGGGGGCUACUGGGCUGGGAGCCGCGACGUGAAGAAAAGGUAUAUGAAGCACAAGCGGGAUGAUGAGCCUGAGAAGCAGGAGGACGAGGCUGUAGACGUGACGCCCGUCAUGACCUGCGUCUUUGUGGUCAUGUGCUGCUCCAUGCUGGUGCUCCUGUACUACUUCUACGACCACCUGGUCUACGUGAUCAUUGGGAUUUUCUGCCUGGCCUCCUCCUCGGGCCUCUACAGCUGCCUGUCGCCGCUGGUCCAGAGGCUGCCAUUUGGCAAAUGCAGGGUCUGCAGCAGCAGCCUGCCCUACUUCCACAAGUGCCCUCAGGUCCGCAUGCUGCUCCUGGCAUUGUUCUGCGUGGGUGUCAGUGUGGUGUGGGCAGUCUUCCGGAAUGAGGACCAGUGGGCCUGGAUCCUUCAGGAUACGCUGGGCAUCGCCUUUUGUCUCUACAUGCUAAAAACCAUCCGCCUCCCCACUUUCAAGGCCUGCACGCUGCUGCUGAUGGUGCUGUUCAUCUACGACAUCUUCUUCGUGUUCAUCACGCCCUUCCUGACCAAGAGCGGGAACAGCAUCAUGGUGGAAGUAGCGACCGGGCCUGCGGACUCGGCUACACGGGAGAAGCUGCCCAUGGUCCUGAAAGUGCCCAGGCUGAACGCCUCGCCACUGGCCCUGUGUGACCGGCCCUUCUCCCUCCUGGGUUUUGGGGACAUCCUGGUCCCAGGGCUGCUCGUGGCGUACUGCCACCGGUUCGACAUCCAGGUGCAGUCGUCCAGGGUCUACUUCGUGGCCUGCACCAUCGCCUAUGGCAUCGGCCUCCUGGUGACAUUCAUGGCCCUGGCCCUCAUGCAGCGUGGCCAGCCAGCCCUCCUCUACCUGGUGCCCUGCACGCUCAUCACCAGUGGCGCCCUGGCCCUGUGGCGCGGGGAGCUGGGCAUGUUCUGGACGGGCAGUGGCUUUGCGAAGGAUCUACCUCAGCCUCCUUGGGUGCCAGCCUCGGCCGAAGGCCCGCGGCCUCUGAGAGACUCCGAGGUGUUUCCCAAGCAGCCUCCAGGAGAAGCACAGGCCAAGCCCACCCUGCCCGAAGAGCAGCCCCGGAAGCUGGCUGGUCCCCAGGAUGUGGCCGGGGUGUCCGCCCAGGAACCCGGGAGCCCUGCCGGCCACGCCCCGGAGCCUUCCGGCCUGCCAGGCACUUCAGCCUAG